CUUUGUGUUAUAUGCAAUUAAGUAUUUAUUCUUGUCAUUCAGAUAGUGAUAAACGGUACAUUUGCCUGGAUGCUGUGCUUCAAAUCAUUUUUAGCAAGAGUUCUGCAUAUGAAGAGUUUCAAAUGGUGCACAAGUUUUCUAUUCAGCAAGUUAAUUACUUUUGGGAAGAGAUUGCCAGGAGCAAUUUAAUCAUGGAGCGUGUCCAGUCAACACAAAAUAGAAUGUGGAACGAUCAAGCCUUUAGUGAUGUUUCUGUUUGUGGUGGAAUUGACCUACAAUUGAUGCCUGAUGUUCGAAUUAAUGCUUGUUAUAACUUGCUGGAUCGUCACAUUCGUAAUGGCCUUGAAGAGAAAACUGCUAUAUAUUUUGUUAAUAGCAAUCAAGAAAUACGGGAGAUUUCGUAUGGCACAUUGAAAAAAGAGGUCUGCAAAAUGGCAAAUGUUCUUGAAGGAGAGUCAAUACAUGUUCGAGAGGGUGAUCGUGUGUUAAUCUAUCUUCCUGACUGCCCAUAUCUCAUCUACUGUAUCUUGGCUUGCUUUCGUGUGGGUGCUGUUCCUGCAGUGGUGUUUAGAGAAACAGACAGGGAAGAAAGAUUGAAGCAACUUAUAGAUGAGGGAAAGCCAUCAAUUAUUAUUACAACUCAUAUCAUUCCAUACCCUGGAAACAGCAACAGCUUUGCUGCAGCAGUGCUGAACAUUCUUCAGCAAGAUUUGGAUGCUUCGGACAAGAACAUGAUCAUUAUUGACUGUUUUGGUGACAACGGACAAACUGGUACACCGGGUGCACAGAAUGAUGAAGUACCUGAGCAGCAUCUUGGGGGCAGUAGGCUGGAGAGUGUUGCAAUGGGAUGUAGAGUUUUCUCGUAUGAUGUACUUAGCAAGGAAGUUGAAGAGGAUCACAAAUGUGUAAAGACUUUUAAAGCUGACCAUCCAUUGUUUCUUGCCUUUACCAGUGGUUCAACAGGAUAUCCGAAAGUAGUUGAACAUGGAACAUUAGGCUACUUGCUUAAUGUCAUUGCUGUCUUCAAGUACAUGCAUUUAUUUCAACUGAAUGGAUUUCCAUCAGCUACCAUUAAGCAAGAUGUUUCAUUUUGUCUGCCAUCUCUUGCCUGGCUUUAUGGAAUGCACUCACUUCUUAUUGGACCAUUGCUACUCGGUGGUACUACAGUUUUGUAUGAUCACAAAGCACCUGAGAGUCAUGUUAGGAGAAAUAUCAUGGUGGAGAACAUCAGAGCAAUAAUCAGUAAAUGUGGAGUUACACAUUUAUUUGCUGUACCUCACUUUGUGCUGGAAUUUAUAAGGAAUGCAAGCAGUCGUAAAGUCCAAUGUCAACUGUCAAGUCUUCGUUAUGUGGCAACAGCAGGAUCACUUGUAACUAAGUCAGUGAGAAGAAAAAUUAAGGGUUUCUUCCAAUGGAUGAAUAUUGAUUAUGCUGAUACUUGGGCUCAAACAGAAUCAGGUUCGUGUUUGUUCACUACUCCACCUGCUCAUUUCGGUUUGAAGGAUAACAAAAUGAUUCCUUUUUUUGGUGUUGAUGCCACAGUCUUAUUAGAUGGAUAUGAGAUGGAUUCAACGUGUCAAUCAUUAGGUCGUCUGGUCAUUCGAAUGCCUUGGCCUGGCUUGUUUACACGUUUGGUUCAAAAUUCAGAGUUGUCUUGUCACAUGGCUAAGAUGUUCCCUGAAAAGAGUGGUGUGUUUCACACAGGAGACCGGGCUAAGCGUCAUCCUGAUGGAACUUUUGUCAUUAAAGGGCGUGAAGACAAGGGACAUGUUGCUGUUAUUGGCAGUGAAGAAUAUCAGAGUUCUGUUCUUCAAUUGGAACAACUGGAUGAACUGUUGGAAGAAGAUGAUGCAAUUGAAGAAGCAAUUGUGUGUUGCUGGUGUGAAAAUUCAAAGGCAAUGGUUGUACCAGGUCUAAUGGCCAUUGUUGGUACGCAUAGAUUGGGAUUUGGAGAUGACGAGGGGAUACUUGAAGAGACUGGAAAUAGGCUUGAUGAUAUAUUGACAAAGAAAGCUGGAAUUAAAUCACAAUGUCGUUAUCGUGUGUUGUCAUGCCUUGCCAUGUCAGAAGAUAUAUCUGGCUUACGAUCAUUUCAAGGAAAGAAAGAUAGACAACGUGUUAACAAGGCAGCGCAGGAGGCUGCAAAUAUUUGGAGCAAGGGUAAAGGUACUUCACAAAGUCGUACAGGAGAGAACGAGACAACAGAAAGGGUCAGGACACAUCUCAAGACUGUUCUCUGUCUGGAUGCUAAAUCCUUUUUGGUCAAGGUGUUUAGAAAUUAGUUUUAAAUUAAAUGACGCAUGUGCUCACAGGAUAUUCUACCACUUAGUGUGGUUUUACUUGGAUCCUUACUUGAGUAAUUGACUGUUUUGUAUGGUCUUUUAUAUAAACCUGUUAGGAAAGUUGUUCUCAUGUGAUAGCAAAUUUAAUCGCUUUGAAUUUUUAUAAAUUGAUAUUUUGGUCAGUAAUUUAGCAAUAAUUUGCCGUUAUUUGUACACGUUUUAUU